CUAUUUUGUUAUAAUCAUCUUCAAUUUAUUUAGUUUUAUUGUCUGCAAUUUAGGGAAAAAAUUACUCGGGAAUGUGGUAUCUCAUGCUUGCGGUUUCCAGUUUGGCAAGUGGCAACCCUGUCAAUGUCUUUUGGAAAUAGUUUCGGUCAGUGUAGAGACGUUGUGAGGACAUAAUGCCCUUCGCCCGUUACGUAGAGCCGGGGCGUGUUGCCCUGGUAGCAGACGGACCGUUGAAAGGAAAACUUGUUGGUGUGGUUGAUGUCAUUAACCAAACUCGUGCACUAGUGGAUGGACCAGGCAGCGGCGUUCCAAGGCAACAAAUCCGCCUAAACCAACUGCAUCUUACAAAAUUCCGUCUCAAGUAUCCAUUCACUGCUCCUACACGUGUUGUGAGGAAAGCAUGGGAAGAUGAGAAACUAAAUGAAAAGUGGGAACAAAGCCAAUGGGCACAAAAGCUGGCUAAUAAAGCGAAACGCGCUACUAUGACUGACUAUGACAGGUUUAAAUUACAAUCAGCGCGUGUUAAAAGAAAUCGUGCCAGAACUGUUGUAUUCAAGAGCAUGAAAGACAAAGCAGCAAGAUCAGGCGCUUUUGGUAAGAGGAAUAUCCCUAAAAGCAAACCCAAAACACCACGCACGAAGAAAACACCAGCCGCGAAGAAACCAGCCAAGAAGUAAUUCUUGUUUUGUGAAAGUAUAAGUGUUAAUUGCGAGACAUUCAAAAUAAAAAUUUACCUUCUAA